UGGAUGGAGAAAUGUGCGGAUCACGAUCACGGGAGGCUUUGCAUAUGAGAGCACCCCCCCACCCCCCACCCUCCCCUCGCUUGACUGACGCCCUUCGACUUUUACAGGAUAUGCUGCCACCCUUUGUAUGAACCGAGCUGCUUUGGAUUCACAGAUCCAGCCGCCGUGUUUCGCGUCUGUUUUCCAGCUGAAAAGCUCUCAGGGCGGCGUGGACCGUAGAUAGCGGCUCGGUCCCUGGCGUUUAUGUUGUAGUUAACUCAGACGAGGCUGAGUGCGUGGUUUUGUUUUUUGUUUUUUUUGUUUUGUUUUUUGAUACAGGAAAUGUUGGCAUGGCCGCCUCGGGAGCACAUAAGUGUCCGAAGAGCGAGAAGUUGGACGAGGCGCAGGCUUUGGCCAAGAGCUGCGCGGGGAGACCAGAUUUCCUGCCUUGCGAUGGACUCUCCAUUUGCGCUACGCACAGUCACGGGAAGUGCUUCAAGCUGCACUGGUGCUGCCACUUGGGCUGGUGUCACUCUCUGUCAUACAAGCAAAUAUGUGUACCAGCCAUGACCAAUGUGUGCCAGCUGCCCAGCACAACCGUGCCGCCUGUGGCUCAGAGCAGCAGCACCAUGGACCUGUCUGUCUCUCUGGCUGAGCGCUUCCUGAAACUUGCCCGCUUUAAGUCCCCACCUCACCUGGAAUCUCCCAAGUACUGCGUCAGCGACCUGUUUGUGGAUGACUACAUUGUCAAACGCAUCAAUGGGAAGAUGUGCUACGUGCAGCGCCCCCCGCCUCCUUUACCAGAGCCUCCUCGUCCACCUACCCCUCCCCCACCUGUUCCAGCUACACCUCCGAUGCCACAAAAUCCCAGCCAGGCUCAGCAGCCACCCAAACCGAUGCCGUCAACCCAACACGAACCUGCACCCGUGCAGCAGGUCCAGCAAGUGUACGGUGAACACAAACAUCCCUCACCAGUGGAUAAGAUAAAAGGCCCCAAAAUGGACCACUGUUCUUCUCCAUCCAGCUCCGAGGACUCUGGCAUCAACGCACUUGGUCUCCACUAUCUGGAGUCCUGUGAGGAGGAGAGCGAGGUGGAGGAGGAUGACGAGUUGAGCACAGAUGGAAACUCCAGCCCUGGGAGCCUCUGGGAUCAGGAUGACUGUUCUCUGCUCUCUCCGUCCAAGUCUAUGAUAGAGAUCAUCGAAAAGAUUGAAACAACUGUGUAACCAACAUGGCAUUGACAUGGAAAUGAUCUAUGAGGAAGAUCUACUGAGCAGAAGCUUAUUAUUGAGAAUAACUCUCGAGGAUUUAUUAUAUAUGGACCAGUAGGAAACAAACCCCUCUCUAACGCUUCAGCAGGGCUUCGCCGGGUUGUUUUGGGAUGAAAUUGUUUUCCUGCAGGUUGCCGAGGACUGCGCACUACAAUCUCAACAGCCACUCCUCUGCCCACAUCCUCUGCACGGAUUGAAUUUGCUGAACUUAUUACAGUAAAGGCAGAAGCACAAGAAUAUCAAGUACAUGCACAGUGGACCAAAAAGACCUCCUGUACAUGGUUGUGUGGUGAAAAAUCAAAAAUACAAAAAGGAUCUAGAGUAGGUGCACGUCAGAGGAAAUAAGAAAACAUGGGGGACACUUUUUGUGACACUUCUCUUUAGGUAAAUAUUACUGGAGCUAAAUUAUGUAUGAACUAAGGUGGUAUGAGUAUGUUUCAUGAUGAUAAUGAGCAGUUAGGUAAUUAUUGUGGUCUCCAGUCGUCAGCCUGUCAGACUUUGGUCCAAUUCAGCAUUCGAGUGGCAGAUAAGCAUGCCAUCCCUUGUUCUCUGGUCAUUGGCUCCACCCACACACAUUAGUAAUUCCUACUCUUCAGCGUAAUAACUACAAGGCCAGCUACCUCUCAUGGGCCUAAAGCACAUUGGCCUUUUAACCCCUUAAUUACUCAGCUCUGAGCUGCUCAGAGCAGGCACACUUGCUUUUAUCGCAUUAUUAAAAAGAUUUGUGGCCCACAGUUUGUCUGCACUUUACUGACACCAUCACGGGCAGGAGGGUAGGUAAGUCAGUGUUUGACAAUCAAGGAUUACAGAGAAGCACAUUCCUAUACUGAACCUGCCAGUGAGGACCAAGGAUACCCUUAUACCUUCUAAAAAGAAUAUCUCAGCCGUUACAGAAAAUUCUUCUGACCACCUUUUCUGGUCAAGCUGAACUGAACACCAGUCCCGUUAAACAAAACACGACUUGCACUGACCUCCAUUCGCAGCCAAGAAAUUUAAUAGCACAGAUGCAUCUCUGGCAUAGCUGCAGUGACAGAAGUAGGAGGGAAGUGAACGAAUAAUGCUGAGGAAACAUUUAAUUUAUAAUCUUAUAUAAUAAUAAUAAUGAUAACCCUACAUUGUUAGUUUGGGGACUUUUGAGAGUGAAAUGUCAUGACGACCAAAAGGGGGGUUCUGGGGAUGAUGCUCAUGUUAGACUAGUAGGUCACGUUUAAAAGAGAUUACAGUGUGAGAUAGGAAGCUGAAUACCUGUUGUAAUGUUGUGAUUGACAUAAGAAACGAGUAGCUCAUUAGUCAGGUAGUAAAAUGAAGCUAGGUGGGGUCUUUUAUUUUAAUGCUUAAAAAAGUUAUUUUCUGGAGAGUUAUCAGCAAAAAUCACUACAGUUAUCACAAAUAUUUAUGGCUGCAAUGUAAUGAGCACUAGAUGUUAAAAUAAAAAUAAAAAAGAAGUCAUUUGCAUGGCUGCAUUCACUUGCAGAAUUCCUCAUGUCAAAAUCCAAUUAAAAAAAAUGCUAUCAAUGAACAGAGAAACCCUGUAUUAGUUAUUAAAAUAAGGUGUUUUAUUCAGGGACAGCCCUUGACUUUACACUGAGCACAGUCCCUCUUAAUGCAGUUUAAAAAAAUGCGUUGCGUUCUUAUUCUUGUUAUAUUAUUAUUUUCAUAUGAAUAAAUCUUAAUGAAACUCA